CAGGUAUAUAUCCACUUUAGCUGCAGGAGGAGAGGAAGAAGAAUAAAGACGUUUGGAAUCAUUAUUUACUACACAGUAGUUUUCCUGUCUUCCACCUGAGUCUGCGAGAUGAAGACCCAGCAACCUCUUCAUGUGGCCACACCGGUGAGGCAGAGCCUCGCCCUGACCAAAGUGGCUGGGACCUCCAUUUACCUCAAGCUGGACUCAUCUCAGCCCACAGGAUCCUUUAAGAUCAGGGGCAUCGGGCACCUCUGCAGAACUUGGGCAGAGAGAGGAUGUGAGCGGUUUGUCUGCUGUUCAGGAGGAAACGCCGGUAUGGCGGCAGCGUAUUCUGCCCGUCAGCUCGGGGUACCUGCCACCAUAGUGGUUCCAAGUGUCACACCAAAUCUUACAGUGGAGAGGCUGAAGGAUGAAGGUGCCACCGUGGUCAUUCACGGCAAGGCUCUAAAUGAAAGCAUUGAAUAUGGACAGCAGCUUGUGGCUAAUAACCCUGGCUGGAUAUUCAUCUCUCCAUUUGAUGACCCCCUCAUCUGGGAAGGCCAUACAUCUCUGGUGAGGGAGCUGGAACAAGACCUGAGGGAGAAGCCGGGAGCUAUAGUGCUGUCGGUGGGAGGCGGAGGCUUGCUGAACGGAGUGGUGGAGGGACUGCGCCGUGCCGACUGGGCUGACGUACCUAUUGUAGCCAUGGAAACCAUGGGAGCACAUAGCCUCAAUGCGGCCAUGAAAGCUGGAGAGCUGGUCACUUUACCUGCAAUUACCAGUGUUGCAACCACACUGGGCCUGACACGGGUCUCUGCACAGACCAUGAAACUGGUGGACGAGCACGCGGUUUUCUCAGAAGUCGUCACAGACCAGGAGGCUGUAAAAGCUGUGGAACACUUUGUAGAUGAUGAGAAGGUCCUGGUGGAGCCUGCCUGUGGCGCCGCUCUGGCAGCUGUGUACAGUGGCAUUAUCAAAAGGCUGCAGGACGAGGGCAAGCUGUCACAGCGCUUGGGCCCCGUGGUCAUCGUGGUGUGUGGAGGAAACAACAUCAGCAUGGGGCAACUGUGGAGGCUGAAGAAACAGCUUGGUAUUAUCUAGCAUGGCCGACUACCUCGGGUCCGUCUGACCUUUCUUCUAUUCCUCCAUCAGCUGGUCUCAAUCCUUAAAUCCCAUUGUUCAUGUGCUCCACUGACCGAAGCAUUCCAGGCUGUGAAAAUCUCCUGCACUCUGAAACUGACAAAUGUGAGGAUGAGCAGCUGGAGGGAUUUUUUUUUUUUUUUAAAUCCUUUAAAAAUGUUAUAAUUGUGAUGCUGCUCUGACAGAGGUAGUUUGUGACUAGGGAUACCUCUAUAGACUGACACAUUUAGGUUGCAUUCACAUUUGUAACAUGCUUGCUUUGUAAAAGUGCUUGUAUGUCGUUCUCUUGCUUUUGUACUUUUGAAAUGUAUUUAAAAAUUAAUAAAUUAUAUUUCUGAA